CGCUGUGCUACCUCUAUCUGUGGGCGCGCUGGGGGGCCCGGCCGGCCGGGCUGAUCCGCCGCACUGUGCGCCGCCUCUACCGCACCCGCUGCUCCUUCACCUUCUGCGGCUGCGGCGGCGCCGCCUUCCCCCCGGCCCCGCCCCGGCGGCAGCUGAGGCAAGGGCCGGCCGAGGAGCGGGUCUGCCUGCGCAUCGGGACCAAGGUCUUCUUCACUGGCGAGGCCCAGUCGCUGGAUGACUUAAACAAAUGGAGUCUACUUCUUAUAACUCCCUUUAUUUAUGCUGAUAAAAUAGUUGAAGCAGAACAGAUUGCAUUUGUGACAGAAAGUAUUUCUGCUCAGACAGAUGAUUUACAGAAUAUAUCUAGCUCUUCAAAAAAGAUUGUGAAGUGGUCAGACUAUUGUUCACCUUUGGCUUAUAAAUCUGGGGAAACAUAUAAAUUAAUUGCCAAAGCAAGUGUGGAUAACUUCAGUAACCUUGGAAUAGCAUUCAUGGAAGACAGACUUCAAAUGGAUAAUGGAAUGGUGCCAAACAAGAUUGUUUCUGUUCAUUUACAGGAAUUUGCUCUUAAGAAGUUAGAACAGGUGACCUCAGCUGCGGAAGAGAAGAAAAGGGCUAAUGGUGCAGAAAUGGAAGAACUAACCCCUGCUAUACCUUUAGAGGCUACUGCUGAAUAUGAAUCAGAUGUAGCUGAUCCUCCAGGAGGAGGUGGUGAAAGGAUGCAAGCAGAGAGAUCCAAGCUAGAGAGAGGACAUGAGUCUCAGGAUGAAUCUAAUAACUUUCCUGAUAAAGAAACAGGUUCUGGAGAACACCACCAUCUUCAUCUUUCAAGCUGUCAUGAGUGCUUGCAACUUGAAAGCAGUACCAUUGAGUCAGUAAGAUUUGCCUCUGCAGAAAACAUUCCAGAACUUCCUGAUGAUUGCAGUGGCAGCUUGGAAGAAGUUACUGAUGACGUUCUGGCAAGAGACAUGAAAAGAGUAAAUCUUAGUGGGAAGCCUCCUAACAUUUUGGUUUAUGUGGGAUCUGACUAUAUGAAAACAAAAUUUGAGCAGAUAGAAUCAAUCCUCAAGGAAUGCAUUGAUCCAGACAGCUAUGUAAUCUACCCAUUGCUGGAGAAGCAAAUUCUGAAAGCUCCAUGGCUUGAUAACUCUUUGUUGUUGGUCAUUGCCACAGAGGAACCCAUUUCUGAGGACAAUCAUAAACAAUUUCUGACCUUCUUGUCAAAAGGUGGAAAGAUUUUAGGACUUUCUACCUCUUUUACUUUUGGCAGUAUAAAAGUGAAGAGAAAAAAUGAACUGAAGAAGACCAUCCAUGAACUGGUGUUCUUUAAAGCAGACAACACAGAAGUUAAAUUAAACCUUCUGACCAGUGGCAGUGUUUUUGAGGAGGAUGUUCAGGAAGAUAUCAAGAGAGCAAGGCCACUGAGUCGCUUAAAUAAUCCAGAUAAAGAUAUAGUUAUUAUUCACCUGACUUAUGGAGACAUUAGAGGAGAAGCCAUUCUUUGUCAGGUACACUUGGAGCUAGAUAUCGGUUCUGUGGCCUUGAAAACUCAACAGGAUUUUAAUUCACUUAAAAUGAGCAAUGCCAAGAGAUACGAAGUUGUUAAGGAGAUUCUGACAUUACUUGGCCUGAGUUGUGAAUUAAGUGAAGUUCCUUCAUUAACUCCUAUUUAUCUGUUCUCUCAUGAGAAGGAAAUCCAUGCUUCUUUUUUGAAGUGGCUACACCAAAAUGUAGAUGCUGAAGGAUUAAUAAAAUCCAGCAAGAUGUCUCUUAAAUUUAUGCCAUUUUACAAGCCUGAAAUGGAGAUAACACCAUGUCGAAUGCCAGUCAUCACUGAGCUGGGGGACUUCUCAUCUGAGCACUUCAGUCUGGAGACAUAUCGACAUAAUCUGCAAACAAAGAAGCUUGGAAAGAUUGUUCUGUUUGCUGAAGUAACAUCAACAACAAUGAAUCUUCUUGAUGGGUUGAUGUUCGAGUUGCCUAAGGAAAUGGGUUUAAUAGCUAUCGCAGUGCGACAAACACAAGGAAAAGGUCGUGGCGGAAAUGUCUGGCUCAGCCCUGUGGGCUGUGCUCUAGGAACUUUGCAUCUCUCUAUUCCUUUGGACUCCCAGCUAGGACAGAGAAUUCCUUUUAUUCAACACCUGAUGUCUGUCGCUGUGGUGGAUUCAGUUAGAUCUAUACCUGGGUAUCAGGAUAUUGACCUGCGAGUGAAGUGGCCAAAUGAUAUUUACUACAGUGACCUUAUGAAGCUUGGUGGGGUUCUGGUGACUUCUACACUUACAGGAAAAACGUUUCACAUACUCAUUGGUUUUGGAUUUAAUGUGAAUAAUAACAACCCUACUAUUUGCGUCAAUGAUCUCAUCAAAGAGCACAAUAAAAAAUAUGGCACAAAGCUCAAGUGCUUAACUACAGACUGUCUGAUUGCAAAAUCUGUAACUGUGCUUGAAAGACUGAUAGAUACUUUUCAGGAGAAAGGGCCUAAUGGAGUUCUUCCCCUUUACUAUAAAUAUUGGGUGCACAGUGGUAAACAAGUCCGUCUCCAGAGCGAGGAGGGCCCAAUAGCAUGGAUUGUUGGUAUUGAUGAUUGUGGAUUCCUUCAAGUUCAUGAGGAAGGCAAAGGUGUAGAGUCUGUGCAUCCUGAUGGUAACUCUUUUGACAUGCUGAAAAACCUUAUAAUCCCAAAGCAGCAAUAGCCAUCAAGUUUGGUAAAAAUGGCUGCUUUGAGAAGACUGUUUAAUAUUCAGGGUCUACCAGUUAAACUUUACUGCAGACACUGUAUCAAGCUGGUUAUGAUUUAGAGCUUAAGUAUAGAAGCACUAUGCUCAUAGACUGAUGGUUGCUUUUACACUGCUGUUUUAUUUCUGUUGGGUUGUCUAGCCAGUGGCCCAGAGGAACAGUUAGCAUUUUUCAUGUUGUAUACUUAAAAAAAAAAAA